AUGGUUAAACUUGUACCGUUUCUGCGUAAUUUAUUUGCAUCAAAAAGAGGUAGAUUGAUUAUAGUUUCAAUCAUACUAAUAUAUUCAUUUUUUUCAAUCCAAAUUUCAAAUAAUUCAAAGUUUCAACAAUUUGAUAAAAAAGAUCUACCCUUACCAACUACUUCUCAUUCAGAUUCAAUUAAUUUGAAAAAAACCGAUGUUAACAAUUCAAAUGAUAUCGAUGACUUAAGAAAACUAUUAUCAUUUGCCUUCCCAUACUAUCCUAAAAAACCAAUCCCAAGAAGAAUCUGGCAAACUUGGAAAGUUGAUACAUCAAGUGAAAAAUUCCCAUCAGAUUUUAGAACCUACCAGAAGGAAUGGACUUCAAAAUCUUAUGACUACUCCCUAAUACCAGAUGAUAAAUUGGUCCCUUUCUUAGAAAAUUUAUACGCCGAAGUACCACAAGUCAUCGAAGCUUUUAAAGCAAUGCCAAUGAAUAUCUUGAAAGCUGAUUUCUUUAGAUAUUUAUUAUUAUUCGCUAGAGGUGGUAUUUACUCAGACAUGGAUACUAUACCGUUGAAGGAUUUGGAAAAUUGGCCAAGUGUAGAUUUGAAUAAAAUCAAGAAAAUUAAAGCUCUAUCAAAUCCAAUUCAAUAUAAAAAUUUGAAAUCAAUGUCUCCCUAUCAAUACGAACCUGGUUUAGUUAUAGGUAUAGAAGCUGAUCCCGACAGAGAAGAUUGGAGUGAUUGGUACGCUCGUAGAAUUCAAUUUUGUCAAUGGACUAUCCAAGCAAAACCUGGCCAUCCUGCUUUACGUGAAUUAAUACUUAAUAUCACUACUACUACUCUAAGCUCAGUGGAAUCUACCAAUUUAAAAUAUUCAAAUUUAAUAGAUCAAAAUUUUAAACAAGAUUAUAAUGUGAAUUAUAGACAUAAAAGAAGACUUGAUACAGAAUAUGAUCAUUCAUCUCUAAAAAAUAGUAAAAAUGUUGAUGGCUCAGAUAUUAUGAAUUGGACAGGUCCCGGAAUAUUUUCUGAUAUCAUCUUCGAUUAUUUGAAUAAUUUAUUAGAACAUAAUAAUGAUGUCGAAAUUUAUAAUAGUAAUCUAAAUGGAGCAUUACCUCAAAGAUCUGAAAAGAAGGAAAACUUUAAAGUAACAACCACAAGAAAAUUUUAUGAAAAAAUCACGAAUUCAUUAAAGACUGAAAGUCACAUACCUUGGGAAUUCUUCUCAUUAAUCUCAGAACCUGUGCUUUUAGAUGAUGUUAUGGUUUUACCAAUAACAAGUUUUUCUCCAGAUGUUGGCCAGAUGGGUGCUAAGUCAAGUUCAAAUAGAAUGGCUUUAGUUAAACAUAUGUUCAGCGGAUCUUGGAAAAAAGUCGCAGAUAAGAAUGCUGGUCAUUGA